AUAUUUUCAGUCGAGAUUUGUUUGAAAUUAAUAGUUUCUGGAUCUUUGUCACUACUUUCUUGUUCCUUUGCAUUUGUUAUAGUUCCACCCGAUUUUCCUUCUAUACAAUAAUUUCGGACGAACACUGAACUGAUUUGAGAAAAUAUUGCAAUAAUGCCUAUACAUGGUACGCUAUUCAAUAUUAUGUCCAGAAAUGUUUCUACAUCGACGAUAUGUAAUCAAAUAAUAAAAUUGACAAGAUUAAGAGUUGUGGACAAUAGUGAAAUUGGGAAGCAGGCUAUGAUGGAAGGAAAACCACCACGUUGUAUUCAUGUUUAUAAUAAAACAGGAGUUGGUUAUAUAGGGGACAGAGUAUUAGUUGCCAUAAAAGGUGAGAAAAAGAAAGGUAUAUUGGUUGGUUUGAAACAACGUCAAAAUUCCAAAGUACCAAGAUUUGACAGCAAUAACAUAGUUCUCAUAGAUGAAAAUGGAACACCUUUAGGUACUAGGAUUCAUGUACCAAUUCCUCAUAUCCUGAGAACUAUCAUGAAAAAUAAGACACACAGCAAAGGUGCAGAUUAUACAAAAUUGCUAGCUAUUGCCACAAAAUUUGUAUAAUACAUACAAGUGCACAAUUCUUUAUAUAGGUACUACUUUAAAUAGUUAGAAACGGUAUCUGCAUAUAUAUGUAUAUAUGUUAAUAUUAUUAUGUAUAUAUACAGCAAAUUAUAUAUGCAUAACAAAAUAAAGUGUUACAUUCAUAA